AUGGAAUUGCCAAACAAACUCACGUCCUUGCCGACGCCUCGUCUCGCUCUAGAACGACAAAGCAGAACAUCGAACGCGUCCAUAGAAAGUCUGCCUCCUGAGAUGAUCGGGGAGAUCAUGGGUUACCUCCCUACUAAGCAUGAUUUGAGAAAUUUUGCUGCGAGUUCGCCCUACUUUGCCGGCGUCCUCAAGGCCUACAAGGUUCCCAUUCUCAAAAGCAUCAUCAAGAAUAUCAUCCACCCUUCGAACUUGGGCAUUUGUCUGUUGACUAUGGGCAUUCUGCAAGUAACUCGCCAAAAGAGUGGCGUUUGGAGGUGUCUGUAUGCAAUUUCGCGACAGCCAACGCUGGCAACGAUCCGUGAUGCCGAGACACUCAGCAACAUGCUCGACCUGGCCGUCCAUAUUCACUACCUGGUCACGGUAUACGCUUACGCAAAGCACCCGGAUUCGUUUUGGCGACAUGCUUUGCAAAAAUACGCGGACCGCUGGCCGGACGGCUUCAUUCCUUCUGGCCCCGUGUACAUCUGUCCGUGGACAAAGGAGAGGCUGCACGAGGUAGCCCGGCGCCUCUGUGAUAUACGAGACGCAUCUCUGGACAAGUAUCCUGGCGCAGAGCCCACAAGCAAACACGACGAAGAGGUCAUGGCGCUAUUUCAGCGCGAGAUGUUUGCCGCGGAGCUGAAGCUGCGUUGCGACAGAGUAGCCGAGCUUGGGCAUCCCAUUCCCGACUGGAUGUUUGCAGAGGGCCCUGGUGACGGUGUGCAAAGCUUCCUCGAGCUCAUCUGGUGCUGCAGCGUACACACCAUUGCCAAAUGCUGGAAUAGUAACGACAGCUUAGUGUGGGCAGAAAUGAAUGGAUCGAGCUGGUCUCUGGGGAAGGCUCUCGGCAUCCGCUUCUACGUUAGCCUUGCCAUGCAUAUGCCGAUUCGGGCGAGCAAAGGCGAGAUCAAGAAUAUGUGUGAUGCAAUACACUGUUUCUUGAUGUACUACUUGCACCCCGAACUAUACAAUGAGACGUACCAGUGGUUCUUGGAGUUUCGAUCUUGUGCGUGGAAGGGCCUGUGGGAACACUCUUUGGAAUAUCUGCGCUUGAUGGACGAGCAGGGCGUGGGGGAAUUGGGUGGAGGGACGGAUUACUUUUGA